AUGUUCAUCACUCAGUUCUGUCUUCUUUUCGUUCUGCUUUCUUCCACUUCUUCACUUAGAUGCUAUAAAGGCUAUGCUCUUCUCAAAGGUUCAUCGAUAGGGAAUACCACGAAGGAAUGUGGGAAGGAAACAGAUUUCUGUUACAAUGCCACCGCGGAUGUGGCUUCGUUUAGCACCAUUCAAAAAGCUGGAUGCAACACUGUCCUUUGUCAGUACAGCAUGAACGAAUGCGUUGAGAAGAAUAUCACAGGCAUUCCAAUGAAAUUUUGCUGCUGUAACACCGAAGAUUACUGCAAUAAAGGCGAACAAACGGUAGGUUUCCCACCUCGAGCUCAAAAAUGA